AUGGAUUACUCAAUACCACAUGACCCAACAUAUUAUGGCAUGUUUGACUUCGUUCACAUAGAUGAAAAAUGGUUUUACCUAACACAGAAAAGUCAAAGAGUAUAUCUUGCAAACAAUGAACCAAAGCCACACAGAAUUGGAAAGUCAAGAACAAAAAUCCCUAAUUUUAUGUUCAUGGCAGCAGUGGCAAGGCCAAGAUGGGGUGAUGAUGGGAAUUGUGAGUUUGAUGGAAAAUUGGGUAUUUUUCCAUUCACAAAUUCAGUUGCAGCUAAAAGAACAUCAAAGAACAGAGUGAAGGGGACACUAGAAACCAAGCCAGUGAAGUCAGUGAAUCAAAUAGCAACAAGGGCCAUGAUGAUCAACAUGUUAAUUCCAGCAAUCAAAGAGAAAUGGCCACCUCAUGUCGGGGAAAAGGUGAUAUACAUAAUUCAAGACAACGCAAAAGCACACAUAUUGCAAUCUGAUCCAGAGUGGCAACAACACUACAAACAAGAUGGGUUUACUUUUGUAUUAACUCAACAACCAGCAAACAGUCCAGAUUGUAACAUAUUGGAUUUGGGAUUUUUUAGGUCAAUACAAUCACUCAUGCAUAAGAAAAUGCCAAAGACAGUGGAAGAUUUAAGUGGAGCAGUGAUUGACGCUUACAAAGAACUUCAUCCAAAGACAUUGUCUAAUGUGUGGAUGACACUCCAAUAUGUGGGAAAUGAAAUUCUAAAACACAAGGGAGACAAUAACUACCAACUUCCACACAACAAGAAAAAAAUUUUAGAGGAUGAAGGCAAUCUACCAGAACAAGUGAAGGCACCAAUAUGGGCAGUGAAUGAGUGCACACAACUCUAUGAUGAAUGGAAAGCAAAUCAAUGA